GUCUUCUGCCAUGUUGUUCUAGCUUAGCGGAACCCAAAAAGCCCCAAGGGAGCCCCAGGGGUAGAGCCGCCAGGCCCCCAAUGGUGGCUUGGAGCUGGCCAUUGAAUGCCCCCCCCCGGCUGCCUAAGCCCCCAAGAUCCCCCCCCCCCCCCGGGCUGUUCCCAAAGGUCUUUUUUGGUGGGGAGGGGACACGCGCAAGGGUCUGAAAGAAGCCCUUGUUGAGUGGGGGGGGGGAAGAGGGCGAAGCAGGUAGGAUGGCGUUGCUGCCUUUUGCCUUUGGGCGGGCGGGCCAGAGGGAGCUGCCUGGACCCGAGACCCUCUCACCCGACUCCUGUCUCGUCCGGUCUGCAGUGAAAUGCUGGCCUGGGCCAGCGCCCAGAUCCACUGCCAGUUCCAUGCCAGCGAGAGCCGGGUGGCCCUUCCGCCGCCCGAGGAGGGCGGGCACGACGUGCAGGCAGAGAAGGAGACGGUCUUUGUCCCCAACCGAGGCGAGCGGGGCCAGUGCAUCCUGUCCACUCCCCCCAAGAUCCUCUUCUGUGACUUGCGCCUGGACCCUGGCGAGGCCAAAACCUACUCUUACUGCGAGACCCUGCCGGUGGAUGGGCCCCCUUCCUUCCGUGGGCAGGCGGUCAAGUACGUGUACAAACUGACCAUCGGCUGCCAGCGCGUCAACUCCCCGAUCAAGCUCCUUCGGUUGCCCUUCCGAGUGCUUGUGCUGCAUGGGCUCAGGGACCACCCCUUUCCCCAGGAUGAGGCCGUGGCCCCCUCCAACCCUUUCCUGGAGGACGAGGACGGAGGCAGGAAGAAGGACUCCCGGCUGGCCGACUUCGCCACAGAGCUCCUGAUGGCGGCCACUUCCCGACGGAGCCUACACCUCUACAACAUCAGCAACUCCGGGGGCAAAGUGGGCAGCUUCUGCAUCUUCAAGACGGUUUACAAGAUUGGAGAGGACGUGAUUGGCACCUUCAACUUCUCUGAGGGAGAUGUCCCUUGCCUGCAGUACCUGGUGAGUCUGCAGACGGAGGAGAGAGUGCAGGAGGCCUUCCAGCGCCAGCGCGGGCAGCCGGUCUCCUACAGCACCCACGCCCGCCACCAGGAGGCUUGCCUGCACACCGCCAGGACGAGCUUCAGCUUGCCCAUCCCCUUGAACUCCGCCCCGGGUUUCAGCACCAACAUCGUGUCCCUCAAGUGGAGGCUGCACUUUGAGUUUGUGACCUCCCGAGCCGCAGGGAAGACACGGUCCGUGGCUGCGGCCUCCUCCUCCUCCGAGGGCCCGUCGGAGGCCACCCUCUGGGCGGGGGUGGAGCAGAUGGAGGUGGACACCCUCAGCUGGGACCUGCCCAUCCAGGUGCUGCCCACAAACCCCCUCUUGGCCUCCUACGUCUCCCAGUUCUCCAGCACCAACUCGCUCACCAUCUGAGGGCCGGAGGAAGGCUGAGGGCCCGGCUCCAGCAACUUGCUCUUGACUCUCUCUCUCUCUCUUUCUCUCUGGGGCGGAGGAGGGGGUGCCCUCCCGCUCCUUGCCAUGGCCCCAGAGCGGCCGCCCGUGGGCUGAAAGGGGCCUGUUGGAAGCCCCACGGCUGACUGAGCCUGGCAGGAUCCUGCAGGAGGGGACCCUCGCCUUCAGAGUGUGGAUUUCUCCCGUGGAGAAGGUGGCCUUGCGGGUCCCCCAAAUAGGCCUCUGCCUGCGUUCCCCACCAGCAAGGGGGCAGAAGGGUGUCCCUGGUUGGGGUGGGAGGGGCACACGCUGUGUUUCCUGCCUCUGUCUGUCCAAUAAAAGGAUGCUCGACCGGCA